AUGUCUAACGCCUCUGAUAGCCAAAGCAAAUCUCUGAGCUUCGCUGGAGACAGCCCGGUAAGCUCUUUCUCUUCCCCUUUCAUUUUUCCUUCUCCUCCUUCAUCUCAACCUCCAUCCUCCAAGGCUAUUGCCUUCAGCCAGCAGCCAGCCACUGCCUCUUCCUUCGAAAAGACAGCUUCUCAAUCCAAACCUGUAACGUCUAUGCGAAUCUCCAUGAAGGCAGUAUCGAGUUUCUUCAAUGUCGUGCAUCUAGUAGCACCCCUAGCCAUUGAACCCUUAGCCACCAUGUUUCCUAUUGAGGCAACCCCUCUUUCUGCCACAUCUUCUUCAAGUUCACCAUAUACAUCCUCUGGCCUUCCCCCAAUCACACCACCACCACCAGCUGAUCCACCAAGGUCCAACAAUCCUACAUUGAAGCCUGCUAAGCAUCCUGAAGAGCCUCAAUUUGGUCUUAUUGAGUUGGCUUGA